ACCCAUUUUCAACCUUUUUUCGUCGACUGUAAAAGCCUGUAAAUUUCAGGAACCCAACAGAAAAAAUAGAGAUGGUACUUUGUUGUUUCCCGAGAUCCUGUCCAUUUUGUCAAGUCUCGGUCGACAAUGGAUUCCGAAUUGUGCAUGAGGAUGACCACUUGAUUGCAUUUCACGAUCGCUCACCGGGUGCAAAAGUUCAUCUGCUCAUUAUACCCCGUGCUCAUAUUACUACGGUUAAAGCGUUGGACAAUAGCCAUGUGCCUUUAUUGGAAAAGAUGAUGGAUUUGGGAAGAAAACUCCUAAGUGAUCAAGGGUUCAAACCGGAUGACGAUACCCAGGCCCGUUUCGGCUUCCAUGUGCCUCCAUUUAAUUCCAUCAACCACUUACAUAUGCAUGUACAAGGUCUGCCGUACAAGAAUACCCUUCGCAAAUGGAAGUACACGCGUGGAUGUCCUUGGUAUGCUGAAGCGUCGCAUGUCCUUGAGAGGUUGCGGCAAGGUUUGGAAGCUUUGUGAUAAAGAACAAUGAAUGAUGAAUCACUACUAUAAACCUGAGAGGCAUGUUGGUUGAAAGCAACAAUUUUUCCGCG